CUUUCUUCUCAUUUUCCACUGUCUUUUCACUUUCUCUCUCCUCCCACCGCCCUAAUUUAAUUUUAACUUUCCAAAUUAUCUCCCCCUCAUUUUUCUUCUUUCCAUAAACCCUAAUCCAAAUUCCCCCCAUCUUUUCAGGUUCUUUUUGAUGAUCAGAAUUCUUUCCUCCUGAUCAUCAUCACCUCCAUUUAUCUUGCUCUCUUUGCUUUAAUCGAUCGCAAAGCAUCUCUCUCUUUUGCGCUGAAUUGUAGCUGUUAGGAGAGAGAAAGCUAAGAAACUGAAGCGAGUUAGGGUUUAGAAAUGGACUCUGAUUAUGAGAUUGUGGAUGCUUAUGAUGGAGAUUCUGCUGAAGAUUAUUUCAGUGGCGGUGAUACUGAUAUGGAUGAGGGUGAUUCUAUUGGCGGCUUCGAAGAGGAUGAAGAUGAUGGUGAUAAUGCCGGUUAUGAGUAUGGUUAUGCAAGUGAUGAAGGCUCCGAGAAAACUUAUACCGUCUUGAGGGAGUCUGACAUCAGACAACGCCAAGAAGAGAGUAUUUCACAUGUAUCCUCUGUGCUAUCCAUUUCCAGAGUCGCCGCAAGCGUAUUGCUUUGUCAUUAUAAAUGGAAUGUUAGUCAGUUGCACGAUGAAUGGUUUGCCGAUGAAGAAAGGGUUCGAAGGUCGGUUGGCCUGCUUAGCAAAUCAGUAAUUUUGUUCCCAAAUGACAGUGAAAUGACUUGUGGAAUCUGUUUCGACUCCUAUCCUCGUGACCAGAUACAUUCAGCUGCUUGUGGUCACCCUUAUUGUACAACUUGCUGGAAAGGUUAUAUUACUACAGCUAUCAAUGAUGGUCCAGGAUGCUUGUUACUGAGAUGUCCCGAUCCAGCUUGCUGUGCUGCAGUUGGUCAGGACAUGAUCCUCAAACUAGCAUCAGACGAAGAUAGAGAGAAAUAUUCUCGCUAUUUUGUUAGAUCUUACAUCGUGGACAAGAAAAAGACCAAGUGGUGUCCAGCACCAGAUUGUGAAAAUGCAGUAGAAUUUGAACUUGGAAGCAACGUUUAUGAUGUUACAUGCUUAUGUUCACAUCCAUUUUGCUGGAAUUGUACAGAAGAAGCUCAUCGUCCUGUGGACUGCAGCACUGUGGCUAAGUGGAUUUUGAAGAAUAGUGCAGAAUCUGAAAAUAUGAACUGGAUUCUGGCUAAUUCAAAGCCUUGUCCGAAGUGCAAGCGUCCAAUAGAGAAGAACCAGGGAUGCAUGCAUAUGUCUUGCACCCCACCAUGCAAGUUUGAGUUUUGCUGGCUGUGCCUUGGUGCUUGGUCUGAUCACGGUGAAAGGACGGGUGGUUUUUAUGCAUGUAACCGUUACGAAGCUGGAAAACAAGAGGGAUUGUAUGAUGAAGCUGAAAAGAGGAGGGAAAUGGCAAAGAAUUCUCUUGAGAGAUAUACACAUUAUUAUGAACGAUGGGCAAGCAACCAAACAUCGAGGCAAAAAUCUAUUGCAGAUUUGCACCAAAUGCAGACCGUCCAUUUAGAGAAGUUAAGUGACAAGCUGAAGGAACCUGAGUCACAACUCAAAUUUAUCAUAGAGGCUUGGCAACAGAUAAUUGAGUGUAGGCGAGUGCUGAAAUGGACGUAUGCAUAUGGUUAUUAUUUACCUGAGCAUGAAACUGCAAAGAAACAGCUCUUUGAGUAUUCUCAAGGUGAGGCCGAGGCUGCUCUUGAAAGGCUACACCAAUGUGCCGAGAAGGAACUAUUAGUUUUCCUUGACGACGGUGUUUUUGAUAUAAACGUUACACCAGAUUUUGGAACAUUUCGGCCAAAGUUGGCUCAAUUGACCAGGGUCACAUGUUCAUACUUCGAGAAUUUGGUGAGAGCAUUAGAAAAUGGUUUAUCAGAAGUUGAUUCUCAAGCAGCCUCCAGCACUUCAGUAAAGAAUGGAGGAGCGAAAGGAAAAGGGGGGAAAGGGAAAGGUUCUUCACGAACUGGUCGUGCUGUUGCCAGAAAUAUAGAUGAUAGUGACCGUUGGAACUGUGAUCGGUGUACUUAUGCAAAUCCCGAUUCAUCCAGUUUAUGUCAGAUGUGCCACCAUCAACGGUGAAGACUUCUCUCACUGAAGCAAUCCUUUGGACUAUCAUGUUGAAGUUGUUAAGAGAGUUUUGAGAAGGCAGCCCAUGUCCCAUGGAUGUGUAAAGUAGCACUCCCCUUGAUUUGUGCAUGUAUUAAAGAGGCUUGUAAAUAAUAUCUUCUUAUUGAUAACGCCCAUCAGAUUAUAAUGCAUCAUUGCUAUAUCUAUAUCUA